AUGGAACCAGUGGACCGUGGUGGUGACAGACGGCUGAACGUUACCGUCACACCCCUCUAUGUAAAGCAGAAAAAUUCCCAUCCCAAGUUAUACCCAGGAGACAUUGUGGAGUACCCCAGGAACAAAUACUUCUCUCAUUUUGGGAUAUAUUUUGGAGAGAGGGACGGUGUUCCUUACAUCGCUCACCUGACAUGUCGAGAUUCCGACACUAAGAUCCCGCUGUUUGGUCGAGCUCUGAGGUCGGAGGUCAAACUGGAUCCUGUGGAGAUGCUGGGGAACAAAUACAAGGUGAGCAACAUGCUGGACAGCACACACACACCCCGAGACUUCCACACGGUAGUGAAGCCCGCCAUUGAAGACAUGAUGGGCCGCGAGGUGACCUUUGACAUCCUGUUCCACAACAGUGAGCACCAGGUGACGCUUUUCAGAUACGGAGUGAAGAAGUCCCAACAGAUUGAACAGAUCUAUGAGCACAUCAUGCCGGCCUGGAAGAAGCUGUUUAGAGACAAGAAGCUGUAA